AUGUACCUCAGGACGCGGAAGUGGUCUGUUGACAUAUCUUCUCUGUUGAUGUGUGAUUUACUUUCGCCAUAAUUAUUUUUGAUAACACUUAACGUCGUGAAGGGACAUGUCACGGAAACAGAAAGAAGAGUAUUACCGCUUUUUCACCGUCAGCGACACACGCACGCACGAGAAGGGCCACACGGAGUACAGGAUCACCGCCCGGUUUGUGUCCAAGUCUCAUCCUGAAGAUGUGAAGGAGAUAGUGGUCUGGAGGAGGUUCUCUGAGCUGAAGAAGCUUCAUGGAGAGCUGGCCUACACACACAGAAAUCUGUUCAGACGAGAAGAAGAGUUCCCCCCUUUUCCACGAGCACAAGUCUUUGGGAGAUUUGAUGAAGCUGUGAUAGAAGAAAGGAGGAGAGCAGCAGAAGUCAUGUUUAGUUUCACUACCACUAUACCUGCUCUUUAUAACAGCCCGCAGCUCAAAGACUUUUUCAGAGGGGGUGAGGUGUCCCGUCCUUUGGACCCCACUGUAGUAUACACCUCUGGGACACUGCCUCCCCCUCUCAUCCCCCUCCCCAAACGCCGUGCCUCAGACUGUCUGCCCGCUGAUGAAGAAAUGGGACACGAGGCUCCAACUUUACCCCAAGAUUUAGGAAACAACUUGGGCUUAGAACUGGGAGAGCCAGAAGUAGCUGCUGAGGCCUUCUGUCACAUUAGAGGAUCUCCUGAAGAACCAAGUGACUCAGAACUGGAUGACAGAGUUCCAUCACCGUUUCUAAUGCAAGAUUUACAGGAGUCGCAGGAAGAGCUGAAUUCCCUUUUUGAUUCAGUGGUGGAAGACGAGGCACCACAUACCGAUGAUGCGCCACCUCCUCUGUCUCAAGAUGACCUGGCUACAUUUGACCCUUAUUAUAACCCAGGUGACUCUGACCGCUGCAGUGACCAUUCUGAGCUGUUUUCUCUGCCCUUGGACAACAUGAACUCAGGAGCUGCUUAUCUGACCAGCGCCUCCUCCGAGCUCACUGCAGCCAUGGAGAAGGAGAAGGAGGGAGAGCUUAGUGCAGCUAUAGUCAAAUACAGGACGGCAGUAGACAUCCUCAUCACAGGAGUUCAAGAAAACUGUUUCAUCUCACCACUGAUGGAUCCCUCUGACUUUUUUGACAAUGCUACGCACCAAAUGAGCAUAUUCAGUGAAAAUCCAUGUUCAUUUUAUCCCCCUUCUUGCCAGGAGCCUCCAAAACACUCUCUGAUUCAACAUCUCCAACCAGGCAUGCCUAGACAACUAGGUAGGAUGCAUGGCAGCAACAUGAGCCUUCAAAGAAACCAGGAUCCAAUUUUGGAAAGACAAAAUUUGGCAACUGAAAUUAGGUCAAAAGUGGGAACAGAAAACAACAUUUUGGGUGUUAAAAAAAAGAGGAUGGAUUAUUUCAAUUGGAAUCAAAAUUUACCACAAGUAAAAAAAAAGAGACCAGAAAGCCAUGAACAAUCUGAAAAUAUUGGCAGAAAAAAAAGAAAAGACAGGGAUGAACUCAAAGAACAGGUAGGACAAUUGAAGGAAAGGCUGGUGACCCUACAGGAGAAAGUGUGGAGGGCAUUUGCACAACAGCACUUGUCCCAGAAUGACAGAAAAUGGAGGAACAUAAAUGAGCUCUCUGAGGAUAAGAGCAUAGGGGUGGAUAGAAAGGAGGACCUUUUUGCAAAUGUACUGAAAAAACAUACUGGUAGCCAAGGUCCAAAAGAUGUAGUAGUGGAGGCUGGGGAAAGGACAUUGGAGUGGAAUUGCACUGAACUUUCCAGGGGAGACUGGGAUGGAGAACAGUGCAUGGUAGAUAAUGGAUGUCAGCAGUUUGCACAGUUGUUGAAGGUAGAACUUAGAAAUGCUAUGGCCAUGGUUAUUGACCGAGUUCUGACAAUUUAUACCGAAGCCUCAGAACCAGAUUUUUCCUCUCCUCCUGCUGUUUCUUUUGUGGCUGAAGCAAAUGAAAAGUGGGGGAUUGUGAAAAAGAUAUCAAAGAGAGCACAUGAGAUGGAUGGCAAAGACCGUAACACUGCUCCAAAACAAUCAAAUCAACCAACUGAAGCAACAGCUGUCCGGAUACAAUUGCCUCCUCUUGGCCCAUCCAGGCCUAACCUUAUCUCUCCUGAUCCUCUCUCCAAAGACCAUUGCUUUUUAUCUCACCCUACUGCCCCCUUAGCUCCCCGUUACCCACCUUUUCAUCCUCUCCAGUCGAUGGACACACCUCCGCUGUUACACUACUCCAUGCAUCAACUCUUCUCCAGGACACUAUCACACGUGCCCUCGCCACCAGUCAAGAACUUCCAUGUGACCAGAGAACCCUUGGCUGAGUUAGAGCGACCAGUGUUCAGUGUGCUGAUGCCUCAGCUGGAACUCCUGGAGCCCCCUCUAUCCAGUCAGUUCACAGACAUGGAGAAUGGAAGGAGAGCAGAGGUGGGAAUAAGAGAAGCUGGAGGUGCAGUGGACCUAUACCUCUCAUCAUCAGUGAGUCAGGAGGGAUUGUCCCCAUGUCAUCUGAAGAAAGCCAAACUCAUGUUCUUCUACACACGCUAUCCCACCUCCAACACACUCAAGACCUACUUUCCUGAUGUUAAGUUCAGCCGCUGUGUGACCUCUCAGAUGAUCAAGUGGUUCAGUAACUUCAGAGAAUUCUUCUACAUUCAGAUGGAGCGCUUUGCCCGGCAGGCUGUACAGGAGGCACUAACACAGGAUGUGACACACAAGAGCACAGACAGGCGACUGAGGGCUGGACAAGACACAGAGUUGUAUCGCAUUUUAAACAUGCACUACAAUAAAAGUAAUGUAUACCAGGUUCCAGAUGGAUUCAUCAAAGUUUCUGAAGUGGCUUUGAGAGAAUUUUAUGCUGCUAUUUGGACUGGCAGAGAUAGUGACCCCUGCUGGAAAAAAGCCAUUUAUAAAAUGAUCUGUAAACUGGACAACCAUGUACCAGAUGCAUUCAGACUGCCUGGAUGUCCAGUGGGAUAGUUCUG